AUGGAUCCAGAAAAUGAUAUUUUGGAGCAAGAUCCAAUUAUUGGAGAUGAUGAUGAGGAAGAAGAAGAGGAGGAUCAAAUGGACAUAGAUGAAGGGAAAAAGGAAAAUCAAGAAGGAAGUGAUGAUGAUGAGAAUAUGAAUGAAGAUGAGGAAGAAAAUGAGGAAGAAAAAGAUGCUAAAAAAGAUGAUGAUAAUGAUAAUAAUGAUGAUGAAGGUAAUGAUAACAAAGUAAAAGACAAGGAUAAUGAUAAUAAUCAAAACAUUACCGAUGAAAAUAAAGAUAUAGAACCACUUCUGAAUGAGAACAAAGUAAUAACAGGUGGAGAAGAAGACAAAACAUCCAAACCAAUGGAUAAACUUCAUCAUUAUUAUUUGACAAUGUUACAAUCUGCUAAAAUUGCGUCAGGUUACAACAUAUAUCCUACGGCAGCUAUUCCAAUACAAAGCCAUGUAAACGCUCUAACAAUGUCUAAAGGUCUUAAAUACAUGUUUGUUGGUGGGUCGGAUGGAUAUAUCAGGAAAUAUGAUUUUCUGAACACAGUACAGGGGAAAUUAUCUUUAACGAUUAUACAAAAACAUUCACUAGCAGAAUCUAUUAAUAAUGCGGGAAUUUUGACUGGAUAUUGGGAAAAUGAAAUCCCACAAUACAAAAAGAAUAUAAAGAUAAAAAACAAGACUGACUAUGAACCACUAGUGAGUCCUGUUUAUUCGUUGGCCGUGGAGGAUGAAUGUAUGUAUAUGCUAAGUGGGUUAAAAAAUGGUGGUAUUACAAUGCAAGGUGUUCGUUACAUGGAGGGGUCAAUAGUACACUAUUUUAAAGAGCAUACACAGGUGGUUAAUAUAUUAAAAUUGAAUAAUAAUCAAGAUAAGUUUUUGAGCGGUUCAUGGGAUAAGCGUAUCUUAGAAUGGGAUUUAAAUGCCGGAGGUGUGGUUAGCAAUGAAUUUCAGGGUAAUAGCAGUGAGGUCUCAUCGAUAGAGUAUCGCCCGCUUUUUUCUAAUGUCAAAAUAGAUGAUAUUGUUAAAAAUUUUGAGCCUGCCAAUGACGAUAUGGACGAUGAAAUGGGAUCAUUAUUUGGUGAAGAUGAAGAUGAAGACCGUGAAGAAGAAGUUGAUCUUGAUGAUGGACAGAGACAAGACAAAAAAAAGAAAGAACAAGACAAAAAUAGUGACAAUAACAACAAGAAGUUGAUAGAAGAGAUAUCAUCCACUUCUUUAAAGAUAGUAUAUGAUGAAUCAGUUUUAAUGACAGCCAAUUUAAAUGGUACUGUAAAUAUAUGGGAUUCAAGAGCAACAUUAAAACCUGUAGCAUCUUUACAAAGAGGGCCUGGUACUCCGCCAUGGUGUAUGUCAGCAACAUGGGAUUCAUAUACUGGAGAUAAAAUAUAUGUAGGGAGACGUAACGCCUGUGUUGAGGAAUACGAUUUAAAGAUGAUAACAUCUCUACCUUCAAAUAUUAUGAAAUUACCAUCAAUUUCCGGACCUGUAUCAUGCGUGAAGUCUCUUCCCAACGGAAAGCAUAUUCUUACUGCUUCUAGAGAUAAUAUACGUCUGUUCGAUACUACAGUGCAAAGUGGUAGUAAUAUAAAUAGUGGCAAAAGUAAUAGCCCAUUCUUAAUCGUCCCAGGACAUCACGGCGGGAUGAUAUCGCAGUUGUAUGUGGAUCCAACUUGUAGGUACGUAGUGUCUACUUCAGGUGAUCGCGGAUGGCAGGGACAAUCUACAGAUGUUGUAUUGAUAUAUGAUGUGGAUUUACAAUGA